GCUAACCACAUCAGAAACCAAUCCAUAAACGUGUUUACGGAAUUUAAAUUAAACAACAGCGAGAGUUUUCAAGGAAAGAAAAGCUUCCUGUGAAGAGUACAGGGAUGAAGUUCCCUGUGGAUCUCCUGGCUGAUGUUAGCCACACAGAACUGGAGCGGCUGGCCCACAACUACAUGAACAACCUUCUUUACAGCAACCCGGAUGCUCCUGAACACCUCACCCUCCCUGACUCCACCCAGGUCACCAUCAACAUUUGCAGUGUGGGCUUCGUCCCUCUGUAUGGAUCCAGUGAUAAGCAGAAGGUCCUGGCCCUCUUCUCUCCCACUGAGCCGUUAACUGCUGUGGCUCUGUACCUGCUGGACCAGUGGUGGCCCGUGGAUGACAUCCUCAAGACAGCAGACCCUGCUCGGGAUGGAGCGGUGGAGGUGGAGACAGUAGGAGAGAGAAUAGUUCUGUACAUCCUUAACCGUGUGGUCUAUAGAGCCAGAGAGAUGAGCUCUGAAGAGCUGCCCUUCCUCUGCCACGGAGAAAAAGAUCACGCCAAAAUCCUCUGGAGUAACGGAGAGGCUGUGGGCUUCUACUCAGUCAAACCCUCAGGCAGCUUUUCUAAUUCGUUUGCCACCAGAAGCUAUCAGCUCCCUGUGAUGGACUCCAUCUUUGUGAGGAAAUGUCAGCGUGGGAAAGGCUUCGGCCUGCAGAUGCUGGAGGACUUUGUGCUCAGUUUCAAAGAGGACUGUCUGGGGUUGAGGUACCCCCUCACAAAAUCCAUGUAUAAAGUGUGUGAGAAGUACCUGAGGCAGUUCCCAGGAGACACAGACCUGCUGUGGGAGGUGGAGAGCGUCGGUGGGCCCAACCAGAGGACCAACAUGGCCAGCAAGAUCCAGGCCAUGGAUCACAGCGCAGUGUCCAGGAGUCGGUCCUUCACAGAGGAAUCACUUGUGAUUACUGACAUGACUGAGAAGGAUGUGGUCAUCACCACUCAAAUAAAAGAAGCUGAAUCCAUCGAAUGCACAGUUGAAAUCGUGGAGGAAGUCACAGUCCUGAGCACUACCAAAGCAGGUUCAGAGGCUGAAGUUCCACUCACAGCCCGGGGCCGGAGCAGUGGCUCAAAACGAAGGAAGACUGCAGAGGAAAAGGUUAUCAGAAUCGAGGACAUUGAAGCAGAAACUCCCAGAGAGGAGCAGGAGAAUGUCUCUGAGUCGAUGCAGACUAAGGCUGUCAGUGUGGCUCCUGAAGAACAGGGACAGGAUGUAGUUGACACUGCAGCCGCCAUGUCGGAACAACCAGAUGCUGUCCUGAAGCCACAAGACCCUGAAACAGCUGAUGUGACAUCAGCUGCUAUGACUGAGGAGGCACCAGCGGAAGCCGACGCCCCCCAGGAUCUGAACAACACUGCCCGGGACUCACAGAUCACAGUUGAGAAUGUGGCAUCAGAAUUGGAGGAAGAGUGUCCAGAGGAAGACACUGCAGUGCCGGCAGUCUCUAAAGAAGUGUUGGAGUUACACACAGAAGCAGAAACUCUGGAUAAAGUGGGGGAGGAAACUCAGAUCACUGAUGAAAAGUGGGAAGAAAGAGUUCCACAACACGAGGUAAGUCUGUCACCACGUGAAACAUCAGAGAAUGGCGAAGCAGGAAGAACAGGAGGAACAACUGUCCAGCGUAAAACCCCCAGACGGAGAUAUACACACCACAGCAAGCCGGAGGAGGGGGUGAAGGAGGAAACUGCAGCCCAGGACGGAGGGAUAAGUUUGAGAAGAAGAACUGUCAUGAACACACCCACACCCACACCCAAACGCAAAUACACCAGACGCUGCCAGAAAGUCUGUGAAGACUCAGAGAAAGAGGUGGAAGAGGUGGCAGAGGAGAAUGACGUUUCGGCUGAAGGAGUGGAGGAGUUAGCUGAAACUGGAGAAGGAGUAAAAGAGGAUGCAGUUGAGCUGGAGGAAUUAAGAGAAGAAAAGCAACAGCUGGAAGAUGAACAACAACUGACAAAUGAAGAGAAGACGGAGAAACAACCGGAGGCGGAGGGGACUGCACUGACAGAGGAAGAGGAGAGUGAACACGUAACGCAUGGAUCUGAGAGAGAAAAAGAAGCUGACCUGGGAGCAGGAGCUUCUGCUGGGGGAGAGCAAGCACAUGAACAGGUGGAGGAACAAGAGGAGGUCGCUGACAGGCCAGAAAAAGAGAUAUCCACCGAGGAACUAAGUGCUGUGGAAGAAGAGACGAUUCCAGAAGCAGAGGAAGCAGCAGGGGACGUUAUAGCUUCAACUGAGGGGAACGAGGAGGAGAGCAAGGACGAGACGGAGCCUGUCUCGGUGAUGGAAGCAGCAGAGGAGGGAGAGGCCAUCGGUGUCUCUGCUGCUGCAGAUGACGACACUGCUGCUGCUGCAGAAACCGCCGUCAGACAGGCUGAAGAGCCUCAGGAAAAGGAAUCUGGCUCUGAAACCUCCAAGCUCCAGAAAGCCACCGUCAUCCUAGUGGACAUCAAAACAAGCUGCCAUUAUCUCGGUGUGAAGAAGGCAGACGAAACAGCUGUUGAUGCACAGAGUGCUGCUGCAGAAAAGCAACAGGAAGAGGAGGAUGGAGGGAAGCAGGAAGACAUUACAGACCUAUGUGUAGAGGUGAGUGCAGAGGCCCAGACUGCCGAGAAGGAACAGCUUCAAGAAGACAAUUCUGAAAAAGAAAAAUCUGUGGAGGAGGAAAAAAGUGAAGCAGAGGAAGCACUGGUUCCUGAAACAAGAGACGACACAGGUGAGGGUGUAAGUGAAGAAGCAGCAAGAGGCACUGAUGAAGUGGAGGCUGUGGCAGUCAGAGUGGAGGAGAAGCAGUCUGCAGAUGGAGAGCCAAAGGACGCUGACCAGAGUCCCCCAGCAGCCGAAGUGGACAAGGCGGACAAGGCGAUGAGCUUGGAGGAGGAGGAAGCUCCAGUUGUUGAGACCAGAGCUCUGAGACGUAGAACAAAAACUAGCACAGCCACACCGGGACGCAAAACAACAAGAAGCAGAAAGCAAGUGGAUGCACAUGAAGCAGAAGAAGAACCAGCAGUGACUGCAAGAACACUGAGAGGUGGGAGGACAUCUGCAUCGCACACACCUAAAGGCAAACACAUCCAGGAAGAAGAGCGAAAGGGAGAAGAGGAAACGGGAGCAGAGGAGGAAGAGGCAGCAAAUGAAACAGCCAAAGAAAAGACAGAUAUAGAGGGAGAGGAAAAGGAAAAGAUUGAGGAAGAGAUAGAGGAAGAGAUAGAGGCAAUCGUUGAAGAAGAGGGAAAGGAAAAGGUUGAAGAAAAGGGAGAGGAAAAGGAAAAGGUUGAGGAAGCAGGAGAAGAAAAGGUGGAGGAAGAGGAAAAGGAAAAGGUUGAGGAAAAGGGAAAGGUUGAGGGAGAGGGAGAGGAAAAGGUGGAGGAAAAGAUAGAGGCAAAGGUUCAAGAAGAGGGAAAGGAAAAGUUUGAGGAAAAGGGAGAGGAAAAGGAAAAGGUUGAG